GAAUUGGCAGAUUUUAAGAACUACUUUCUAUGUGAAAAUUGCUGUGUAGUUUAAAUACUCGUUAAAUUUCAUAGAAAGUCUCAUUUUAUUUGAGAGAAAUAGUGAGAAUUUGACGAUUCCUUCACAAAUGACCCAGAGAAGAUUUACUUUGUCCAGAGCUUUGCCUUUAAUUUACUAGAAGUAUUUGUUGUUGGAUUGUGUAUAGAAAUUAAUGAAGAAAAAGGAAAAACUUGGGAAAACCUAGUUUUUCAAAUGGAUUUUCUGUACGUUAAAAUCCAAAAGUGACGUUGGCUGCUAACUUCACACUGUGCUGUAAGCGCCGCAAAACGUCAGACAACUAUGUGUAAAAAUCGUGUAAACAGAAGGUGUUGACGAAGAAUCUUGUGGAAAAUGGAUAUAAAAGUGGAAAAGGAAGACACAGAUUAUGAUUAUGACGCUGAAAAUUAUUUCUUCGAUUGCGACAUUGUGAAAGAAGAGUACGAGAUUCAUGAACCCAAGUAUGAACCUUUGGAAUCUGGUGUCGAAAAACAAAAUGCAAAAGGAAAUGAGGAAAUGAGCUUCGAGAUUACGGAUUAUUCUGAAUUAGUAAGCGACGAUCACAGAGGUUCAAUUUGUGAGAAGGCAAUUGAGACACCAGUUCUUCCUGCAUCACAAAAUAUAUUUGUUGAUCUGGACGAAAUUCUGCUCAAAAAAUCGUAUAUAUGCAAAAUUUGCGGAGUGGAAGCUCAGUCAUCUUCUGAGCUGAAAAGACACAUGUUGAGAUUUCACCGAUUUCACAAUGAUGAGCGAAGUUUUGGAUAUGAUUUAAAUGUUGAUGUGGAAAAAUGUCCCUACUGUCCAGAGCGAUUUAAGACCAAGUCCAAACUCUCGGCUCAUUUGAUAGCAAAUCAUCGUGAACGUCAUCUAAAUAAAAUAGGUCCUCCGUUCGGUUGCUGCAUUUGCAAACAACAAUACGAGACAUGGGACAAUCUGAAAGAACAUGUGGCAGUUCAUGAGUUAUAUUUUCAUUGCGAUAUAUGUGUUUGGAGCUUCAAAAAGGAGUACAACAUGAUAAAACAUAAUAGAUUUUACCACCCGUACAUUAAAACAUCGGAACCAUCGGAAACAUCGGAACCAUCGGAAACAUCAAAAGAAAAACGCUGGGAAAAUGGAUUUCAGUGUUCACUUUGUUCGAUUACUUGUGAAAACUUGGUCGAUUUACAAAAACAUUCAAUAUUGUGUGCACGAGAAAUGCGCAAAAAUAUGAUGAUACAUGGGAAAACACGGCCGAAGAGGAUCAAAAAGAAAAAAAAUAAGAUCGCAGAAAUAUAUCUAAAAUAUGACCGAAACGCAUAA